AUGACCGAGAGACGUUUCCACAAGAUAGCGCUUGUCAGGGGAAGAGCGGAAGGGUCGGACGCCUACAACGACAUCCGGCCAGGACCUUCCGGCACUCCUUACGAUGGCGGCGUCUUCCGGUACCUGCUCAAGCGUCCCAUAGACUUCCCGGCCGAGCCCCCUCGGGUCAGGCUCAUGACCACCGACGCCGGACGCGUCUGGUUCGCGCCGAACCUGAACGUGGACGGCAUGGUCUGCCUGAGCCUGCUGGGGACGUGGCCCGGACCAGUUUGGAAGUCGUUGGUGCACAUCGUAUAG